AUGUCCGGGGCAGGAAGUAAAAGAAAGAACGUUUUCAUUGAAAAAGCUACCAAGCUUUUCACCACUUACGACAAAAUGAUCGUCGCCGAAGCUGAUUUUGUAGGUUCAAGCCAAUUACAAAAGAUCAGAAAAUCCAUCCGUGGUAUCGGUGCCGUUCUCAUGGGUAAGAAGACUAUGAUCCGUAAGGUCAUCCGUGAUUUAGCUGAUUCUAAACCAGAACUCGAUGCCUUAAAUACCUACUUAAAACAAAACACCUGUAUCAUUUUCUGUAAAGAUAACAUCGCUGAAGUUAAACGUGUUAUCAAUACUCAACGUGUUGGUGCCCCAGCUAAAGCAGGUGUUUUCGCUCCAAACGAUGUUAUCAUCCCAGCCGGUCCAACUGGUAUGGAACCAACCCAAACCUCUUUCCUCCAAGAUUUAAAGAUUGCCACUAAAAUCAACAGAGGUCAAAUCGAUAUCGUCAAUGAAGUCCACAUCAUUAAAACCGGUCAAAAAGUUGGUGCCUCAGAAGCUACCCUCUUACAAAAAUUGAACAUCAAACCAUUCACCUAUGGUUUAGAACCAAAAAUCAUCUAUGAUGCUGGUGCCUGUUAUUCACCAUCUAUCUCUGAAGAAGAUCUCAUCAACAAAUUCAAACAAGGUAUCUUCAACAUUGCUGCCAUCUCCUUGGAAAUUGGUUACCCAACCGUUGCUUCAAUUCCACAUUCAGUCAUGAAUGCUUUCAAGAAUUUAUUAGCCAUCUCAUUCGAAACCUCUUACACUUUCGAUGCUGCUGAAAAAUUCAAAUCAGCCGCUGCUGCUGCCCCAGUUGCUGCCGCUCCAUCCGCUGCUGCUCCAGCUGCCGCUGCCAAGAAAGUCGUCGUCGAAGAAAAGAAAGAAGAAUCAGAUGAUGAUAUGGGUAUGGGUCUCUUUGAUUAA